UAAUAAAGACACAACACCUAUAUUUCUUUGAACUAGAAGCUUCCCUGGAAACUCGUAUGUGUGAGAGUGGGAGAGAGAAAUUCUAAAGGCGGGUAAAAAUCAUGAACCUCGACUGGAAAUUGGUUACAUGUCUACCCUGGUUCCUAUAACACGAGCCUUAUUGCAUGUGUGAACGCGAUGAGGAUAAAAAGAUCGAUCAAAGGCGAAGGCUGGUUUGCACGCUGUAUCUUUAAUAAAGCAACUCCGCCGUGUGCAUAUAUAUAUAUAUACGUCUGCUAUAGAUGCAUCCAUAAUAUGGUACGUAGACAGCUCAAAUUUUUGCGGUUCGCAUAAUAUACCCCACCAUCAGCAGACGUAUAUAUGCAAAACCUUUCGUUGCAGCCAGGUUAAAAAAAACUGACAAUACCUUUCGUUGCAGCGAGGCAUGACGAAGCGUGUCGGAAAAAAAAGAUAAGACUAGGCCUGUUUUGGUCUGCUUCUCUAAAUUUUACGGUUGGUUUUAGAGCUAAAGUUUAAAUAAAUGAACUAAUAAGUUACAUGCCUGCACAACAAAGGUUCAAAUUACACUCCUACGUACCUUGUUUCUUGGGUGGAUCGGAGUCGUUCAUCAUGUAUGCCCUGGUCAUCAUGCCGCAGUGUCAAGUAUGUCUCGCUGCAAUGAUAAAUAUAUCUUAUAAUAGUGAUAGUUACUAGAUCCCGCAUCGUUAAGUACGAUGUAGUUGAUAAAUGGUGUAAUUGUCUAUACUUUAUAAUUUCAUAUAGGUAUGUUGGCACGUUCUGGUGUGGCUACAAGGACAGUGGCAUGCACCACAUGGUGGUUUUGGGUACACCUGUUACCCUCUGUUAUGGCUACAAAGCCUACAAUGUGCUUCCUUGACCGCAACAUCACCCAUCUCCUUUAAAUGCAACGAGCAGAAGCAUUCUCUAGCUAGAGGUUGAUGCAACCUCUCCCCUCCCUUCCACUAUAAAAGGGAGGGAUCGUGCAACAUUUUAGGGGUCUAAUUCUAAUCUAGAACUAUAGGACUUUUGGAAGGAUUCUAGAGCUUAGACUCCAUUAGGUAAUUCACUCUUGGCGAGUACAAGGAUGGAUUAGGACCAUUAGGAUAGAACUCUCACCAUAACCACGAGGUGAGGGGGGCUAGAGGGACUUGAUGCUCACUGGUGUUGAGCUUGUAACCUUUUGUCACCCUUUGUCACCCUUGUGUUCAUCAUUCAUGAGUAGCAAGAGGACAUCGUGUAUCACAUACUUUGUAGCCUACACCUCUCUAAUUGUCCAUGUGCUGGCUCUCACUCGUGCCUAGGUUCAACACGACACUGACCUAUGUCGUGCACCCUUCUAACUCUCUCUUUCUAGUACACUUUGUAACCUAGUGUCGAUAUGCAAUGAUAUUUGGCGCGCCAAGUUGGAACCAAUGCAUUUUCUUUUUCUUUCCUUUUGUUUUGCUGUGCAACAUGACUAUAGCAAUGCCAACAAAUUUGACGGGUGAAUGUAUGAAGAGAGAAGUCUCGGCGGAAAGCAUAAUCUUUAAACACGGAUGUUGAGAUCAAAGAUAGACUAAGCAAUAAAGUAUCACUUAUUUUACCUUGUGCUUCUACUCAUAUUAAGCAAAUUCACUAUUUUCAUAUCAUUCCUUCCAUGCUCAAGGGCUAUUGGGCAUUCUCCUAACAGUAUAAGGGUAUUUAAUUCAAUGGUAGAAGUAUCAUGGAUUAAGACUAAAAAGAAUACCAUUCAUACCAAACUAUCCUGGAUAUGGUGGAUUGGCUAAAGAGACGAAAGUUACCAGAGAAUAGGUCGCAAUCAAUUCCAAUCCCUCGUCCUGAGAAUAGUGAAAAAAAUAAUAAUUACUGAACGGAUCCUAUCAUCCAAAAAUUCUACUCCCUCCAUUUUUAUCAAGUUUGACCGGUUCAUCGUAUUCAAUUUUUUUUUGCAGAAAAUGAGCCAUACUUAAAGUGUAUUAUAUGUUUUACGAUAUGACAAUAAAAAUUAAUAACAAAUAUGAAAUUUUUAAUAAGACGAGUUGGUGAAACUUAGGAUAAAAAAGUUAAACUAAUUGUAAAUUGAAACGAAAGGAGUAUAAGAUAUAAAGCCUGCCAACUGUAAUUCCUACCAAAUAUUUAUAUAGUACUGUCGUCCGUUAGUGUAAAGUUGAACUGCGCCACGUCAGAUAGAUAAAAACGAAGGUAGUGGUAUAUUUCCCGGUCCGCGGUCUCCGCAUUGUCAACUCUCGGCAUGUACGGCCAGCUAGGAGCAGUCUCUUGGCACGCAACGCAUGCGGGUCGCAGCACGUGUUGAAGAUGAUCGCUGUCAUUAUUGUUAAUGGACGUACGUACGCAUGGAUGGCCAGUCACCCCACACACGCGGUCGCACGUAACAGGCAAGUGUGAGCAGUCCCCGUCAACUUGGAACAAAAGGGAGUGUCCAGCUUUAAGAUACGUGUGCGGACUGCUUCGAUCAGCUUACGUACGUAGGUGUGCAGUGUAACGCGACGUUGUUGCUCGAUGCUUUUGAACCUGCGUUGCCUAGCCGCCCGGAUGCAAUGGACGAAGCUGCAGCCCGCAUGAAAAAAAUUUGUCACGUUCGUGACUUGUGCCCCGCCGCAGCCUCGCAAUUGAUUCGCAUGCAGCUAGCAGCGCAUCAGCAGGUGCAGGUGCAGGUCGAGCCAAGCACCGUACAUGGAUCGCACACGUGUACACGCAAGCACGCGGCCUGCGAUCCGCCACAGCAUCCCCAGUCCCCACUGCGCCGCGCGCUCCGAGGUGGCGCGCCCGGGCGCCGCGAGGUUCCGGCGAGCCGCCACGCGGGCGACCUCGCGGCCCCAGUCGACAGCCUACUCUGCUAGCUCCCGGAUCGAGAUGGUGCCCGCGCCGCGGCGCCGGACGGGAGAUCCCGGCAGCCCGGCACGUGUGCACGCGCCGCGGCGGAGCAUUCCUUCGUGGCUAAGCUACAGCGCGCGCCCGGUCGGCCGCGGACCCGCGCGGGGCGUUCGUCGUAUCGUGGGGUCCUCCUCACGUCGCACCACCCAGCCAGCCUUAGCGGGCACCGGGCAGGGACACGAGAAAAGCGCGGCGCGCCCGACCAUACCGUGGUGUUCCUCGAUGACCGCCAUAUCGUCCAUCCGUCGUCGGUUAGUGAUGCCCGAACCAUCCUCUGCCGUCGGAUCGGACGGAGUGCGGGCGGGCGUACCCGUACCUGCUGUAAGCGGGGUGGAUAAGCAGACGCGAAUAUACUAGCGGCCGGGCGGCUGAAUCUUUGGUUGCCACGAGUAAAAGCGGGCCUGUGGAAAAAGAUGGGCUAUCAGCCCACCCGGGAAGGAAGACACCCCACGUAACGGUGGGGGCCACCUCAGCGACGUGGGGGCCGACCACGCCAGGCUCGGGGGUCUCUGUUUCCCCCCUCUAUAAAUACCGGGCGUUUCCUCAUCGUCCCUCCCUUUUCCCCGAUUCUCUACUCGCCUCACCUAGUUUUCUGGAAUUGCGGGUACGUCUUGCUCUCGUAGAGUCGUAGAUCGUAGUGCAACCGUGGGGGAGAAGGAGAAGGAGAUGCUGUCUGUGCAGGAAGCACUUGACCUUGCGUCGUCCAGCUGCGGCACGAUGGACAUUACCACGUGCGGGUUCACACCGUGGGGGCCCGAGUCGUGCCCUAGCCUGGAGCAGGUGAUGGCGUCGAGGCCGGCCGCGUCGUCCACGGCGGCGCUGGCCGAGGCCGAGGCCGAGGCGGCGAGGGACGCGGACCCGGAGGACGAGGAGCGGCUCCGGCGUCAGCGCCGCAAGGUGUCGAACCGGCUCUCGGCGCAGCGGUCGCGCGCGCGGAAGCAGCAGCGGCUGGAGGAGCUCCGCGAGGCGGCGGCGCGGCUCCGCGCCGAGAAGCAGCAGCUGGAGGCCCGGCUGCAGGCCCUGGCGCGGCACGACCUCGCCGUGCGCUGCCAGAACGCGCGGCUCGGCGCCGAGGCCUCCGCGCUCGCGCGCCGCUUCCGCGAGGCGCGCAGGCUCCUCGCGCUGCGCCGCCUCGCGUUCGCCGCCCUGCAGCCGCGGCCCGGCGUCGCUCCCGCGCCCGCGCCGCCGGCGCCCCUGCUGGGACUGGCCUCGCUCAUGACGUAGGUGGCUUGGGGGGGACGUGCUGCCCUGCCCGAUGGAACGAACUCAUGUCACAGGGUGAAGUUUUUGGCACGGACGGACGCGGGCCGCAUGCUAUGGUGAACUGGAACAUGGGGGCACACUGAGGCUAGUAAGGUGCAUGCUAUGCUGGUAUCUGCCGCUAGCACUACACCACUACUACUACUGCCUGAGGGGAGGGUCCCGGUUGGCGUGUAAAUUGCAUAAUCAAGUGCUACAUGUAGCUCGAUGUGAAUUAAAGUGAAGAAAAAAAACAUA